AUGUGGCCUAAGAAAAGAGACAACUUUGCAGAGAAGGAAGCAUCUAAGAAAACUGCUGAAAGCUUUGAACAAACCCUACAUACUUAUAUUAAAAUAAAAAUGAGAAUUUUGGCUGUUAGGGUGAAAGCAUCGAUAAAAUCUAGGUACACAAAUAAGAACAAUUGUUUUGGGGAGCAGUUCUCACAAGCCAUAAAAGUGGUUACAAAAAUUUGUCUCACUGUUCUGUGUUCCUUGGAAAAAUUGCACAACUUAGAGUAUGACUUAACUCAAAAGAGGAUUUAAUUAUGCAGAAAUGUGGUAUAAAGAGAUGAAUUGAUUAUCAAGUGAGAUGAGGUGCAGCAGAACUUGUACUCAGUAGCGACAGAAUUAAUUUCGGAGGUGGAUCAACUGCCCCUCUCUGAGCACUCAAGAGUGUUACAGGAGCUGACAGCUUCUCUGGAGGUGAUGUAUGGUCACGAUUCUGAAGCAGAUGACUCGGAGGUAUUUCAACAGUUCUUUGAGUGGAAGGGCAUUAAAGCAAAGAAAUUAAUUUGUGUCAGAAACAAUAUGGGCGAAACUCUGCAAAUUCUUGCUGACUGGUUCAGUGACAUCUUACAGUUUAGGACUCAAUCUUCCUGGAAAGACUGUCAGCUGCUGCUUCUCCAUUCCUGCAGGCCCAGUUUGCUCGAUCUCCUUCUUGUCACUAUUCCACGUAAAUGUUCUGUGUCAGCAUGACUUCCCUGCUCCUAAGUCAACAUCUGUUCCAGUUUUCAGGGUUCCCCACUAUUCCUUAGAGAGGUUUAAAGAAGCUUUGCAUUCAAACCCAGGAAUUUGGCAUAAAAGAAGAUGGAACACCUGAGGUAGGUAUUGU